AUGAAGGAGAUGUACCAACAGCUCAGCGUAGUACCACUUGUGAAGAAUAUCUUGCUGCAAACCACUACAUGGAACAAUCUUGAAGCACACUAUGUCAAAGCUAUCAUUCGUAACUUCUAUGCAAAUGAUGUCAUUAAUGGUCUCUUUCAUUUAAAUGUUGCAGCUGGUGGUGUACAUAAAGAAUCAGCAUAUCUUUAUGGAGUUCUCCUACUAUGUGCUAGAAUUGAUGGAAGAUGGCGAGUUUAUCCACUUUGGCUGUGCCCUCACAAACUCUUCAAACAACCGGUUAAAAGCAUGAUUAGCCCCGAACCAGGAUUUGAGUAUGAGAUGAGACAGGGAGACACAAAAGAUGCACAGAUGUACACAGACGUUGGAGUUUACUACGCUCCAGGUCCUGUUCUGAGAGGCGAAGUGUUCGAUGGAGUAGAAGCAGUGCGCAAGAUGGAGCAAUGGCUGAUAGAAAAACAUGGCUACCAGCCUCAGUAUGCAGUAUCUGAGCUCGACGAGAGAAGCUUUUGGAGAAUGUUUGACGUUGACUUGUACGAGCAUUGCCGCAGGAAGUACAGGGCUAUAGGCACGUUCAUGAGCAUUUAUUACAAGUCAAAGAAGGGACGUAAGACUGAGAAAGAAGUCAGAGAAGCUGAGCAGGCUCAUCUCGAAGCAGCCUAUGCCGAGGGGGAUUAA